AUGAAACUUCUGACGACAUCAUCACUUCUGAUCUUCUUGACAGCCUGCAGCAUCUCGGUGGAUGCCUUUUCUCCUCAGACACAUCACUUCAAAACUCGAACAGCUUCUUCAUCCUCCCGGCUCCAUGCUGUUCCCCCACCCCCACCACCAGAGAGCGCCUACACGGAAUUGCUGGUCCGUUUGGAAAAGGCGGGUGCCGUGAUGCGAGCUGCCAUCAAUGAACGAUUGGGUCCCCAGCAACUUUUGCUAGAUACAAUGUCAAAGAACAAAAACAAAGCGAGCACUGACGAACAGAAGACCACUCCAGCAGCACCAACGUUGAGUAAGGAAACCGUGUUGAAGGAUGAACAGCAAGCUGUCAAAAAGGUUCAGGAGGCAGUGAUAGAAAUCGAAGGAAAAGAACAGAAAAUUGAAGGCGCAGUCAGUCCUCAGGAAAAGCCAAAGGUCGAAAAGGCAGUGGAAGAACUAGAAGUGGCGAUUAAGGAUAUGGCAAAGGCAGUGGAUAGUGAUUCCGAGAAAUUGUUGGAUCGGGCAGAGAAAGAAUUGGAAAAGGGAAUUGCUGAUUUCGAAGCGGCAACCUCGACAGUGGUGGAUUCCAAUAAAGUUGCAGAGAAAGUAGCAGAAGCGACGCCACCAGCUCCAUCGCCUGCUCCAGAACCUGCCACUGUCUCUACUCCUCUGGCCACACCACCACCGGUAGCUCCAGUGCCAGUUCCAGCUACUCCAGCGCCAGUGCCGGCGCCCAUCCCACCCGCAACGGAGGCACCCAAACCAGUACCGGCUGUAACAGAGUUACCCAAGCCAGUACCUGUUCCAGUUCCAGCCCCAACUCCUGCUCCAGUUCCAGCUACUCCAGCCACUCCAGCACCAGUUCCGGUCCCUGAAACAACAGCAACUCCGCCACCAGCUUCAGCAACACCUACAGCACCCCCAGCUACUCCUCCACCCGCUCCAGCCGCUAGCACCGCUACCCCGAUAGAAGUCCCAGUGCCCGUGACACCUCCUGUCACACCGGCACCAGCUACUCCAGCACCUGCUGCUGCAACUAUUACAACCACAGCACCUACUGCUCCCUCGACAUAG